AUGCCCCGGCAACCACCACCCGUCGUCCUUGCGAACUUCACGCGCGGCGAAAAGCUCGACAAUAGCUCGAACCACUAUUACUUUAGCUGCAAUGCCUGCUCGCAGGAGGAUGACUCACCAGGUCGUCGUAUCGAGCACAGGGACAAUGCCCUUCUUGAGCACCUAGCCAACAAGUGCUCGAAAGCAGACUCGUCCCGUCGUCGUGCUGCACUCUUAGCUCUGGAGCAACAGGGGAAGCAUACGAAGGUCAAGGCGCCAGCAAAAGCAAAAUCUUCUGGCUCUCGCCAAGUUGCACUAGCCGAGGGAGACAACGAGGAUGGUCAUGGAGUAGAUGGCGGCGAAGAGGUCGGGCAAAAGCGUCGGCGAUUUGAAGUGAGGGAUCGAAGGAUAGACGAGCUUGACGGGUAUAUCGAUGUAGCGAUGACAGAAGAGGAACAGAGGAUUGGCAACAUUCUUCUCUUUCGCUUCAUCGUGCAUGCAAAUCUGGCCUUCCGUAUUUCCGAAGAUGCUUUCUUCCUCGACUACAUACACCAUAUCCGCCCCUCAUGCGACCCAGCAACUCGCUAUGUCAUCUCGCACUCCAUCCUCGACAGUGAGGCAGCUCGAGUCCAGCUCCACGAGAUGGACUUGCUCGCGACUCGCCGAAACUUGACUUUCUUGAUCGAUGGUUGGGAGGACGAGUUGAGGCGUAGCCUGUAUGGCUCGGUCGCGGCACAGGUCAAUGAGUACCCGAGCAUGCUCGCACUCGAAGACAUGACGGGUAAACGAGCGACUGCCGAGAACGUGUUGGUGGUCAUGAAGAACGCGCUGAGGAAGAUGGGACUGGACGAUGGGCGCGCGUUCAUCGCGUUGGUCACAGAUAAUCCCACGACAAUGCAGGCCUUUCGGCGUCUAGCUUCGUCUAGUGGAGAGUUCAAGUGGCUCCUUACUCUCGCCUGCUUCCUUCAUAGUGUUAAUAGCAUCCUCGGCGACAUUGCGAGUUAUCCUGCGGCGAAGCGGAACACCUCUCAGGCAACUGCCAUCGUCUCAUACUUCAAUAGCUCACACUACUGGGGUGGCCAGCUUGCGGAUAUUGCCAAGGAGCUCAAGAUUACACGUGGGAUGUCGCAGAACUGCGAAUCGCGGUGGUAUGCUCUGAUCCUGCAGGCUGUCAGUGUUUUAGACCAUCGCGAGGCUCUACAGCGACUCUGUCUACGUCAGGAUGCAGUGACUCCGAUCGGCGGGCUUACACCGGUCAAGUUGGACGUGCGCAAGUCCGUUGUCGGCGACGCGUCGUUCUUCCCGAUGCUGUCGCAGAUCGCGCGCAUGACGAAACCAAUCGUUGAUGUCAUUGGCAAUACAGAGGCCCGCGACGUCAACCUCGCAGACUGUAUGCUUGAUCUCAUCAAGUGUGCUCGCAACAUCUCAAAGCUCGAACUGCAACCUGGCGAUGAUCCCGCAUUCUUGGAACACGUUCGCCGGUGUUUUGACCGUCGCUUUCAGAAGAUUGCCACACCACUCCAUCGCCUCGCUCUCUUCCUCCACCCACACUGUCGCCAGCUGGCUGUCAGCGGUGCUGUUGGGGGCUAUGGAACAUCAUUUGAUGAUCUUCUUCAGACUGCUGUCGAGAUCGCACUCAAGUGGGACUGGACAAUGGAAGAGGCUCGCACUCUUGUCGACGACAUGCGAACAUAUUUUGCUGGGGUCGGGAUCUACUCUGGUAGUCGGGCGGAUGGCUACACGUGGUGGCAAGACCGUCCCGCUUCCGGCGAGUGCACUCUCAAGGCGAUGGCGAUCUCUAUCUUCUCUAUCGCCCCUCAUUCGGCCGAGGUCGAGCGACUUUUCUCACAGCUCGGAGGUGUCAUGACACCCAAGCGCUGCAAUCUUACAGUGGACAACUUCGAGGCACUCGGCAAGUGCCGCAAUCACUAUGCGCGCGAGCUUUGGCUUCGCGAUCGGAAAGCUGGGAAGAGUACGCACCGUAAACACGCCCACAUGCACACUAAGACUCAGCCUGGCAUCAACACGGCCACUGUCGACAGUCUCACUGUCGUUCCCCCUCUCGACCCUGCAGCCGAGGGAGAUGCAGGCUCAGAGGAGUCGACAAUGUCAAAGUUGUCGGCUUCAUUCGAGAAGCAUCGCUUGCGUUCCGAGGAGGAGCUGAAAGAUGUAGAAGUUGUGGAGGGCAGCGAAGUGACGAAGGGCCGGCAGUACAAGUUUGACGAGCUGGAGAAAGUUGAGAAGGGGCUUUCUGGUACUGCCCUAGCCUCGGCGACAACAGUUCUGGGGAGCCAGGAUGGUACGGCACCCAAGACGUGGUCUAAACGAGCCCAAAUCGUUUUGCCAUCGACACUACCUUCGGCGUCCUUUGCCGCACUAUCGCCCGUUUCUCCCUCUCUCGUGCGCGCCGGGCGGGCCUCUGCCCGUGCCGGGGAGGUGCCUGCAGACGUCCAGCUCAACCACACACACGUCGAGGAGGUCUCUUCACACGUCGAGGAGGUCUCUUCACACGUCGAGGGGAGCGCCACGCAUGUCGAUUCGCACGGACCGUCUUGCAGUGUCCAGAACACCUCUUCCAUUGAGCAGCGCAAUGUCGAGCCUUUGAAGGUUGAGGAUAUCCUUUCCCACUGCCCCGCGACCGCGAGGUACUACCCCGUCGACCCGGCCUACCUCAACCCUGCCGCGAACUACAUUCGAUUCGUCGAUCUUCAGUCGACCAAAAUCCCACGCGCACCGAAUGCCUUUAUCAUUUACCGGUCGUGGAUUGCAGCAGCCCUUCGUCAGUCCCGCUGGCAGCAAUAUGAGCUUAGCCGCAUGAUUGGCGACCGAUGGAACAAUUUACCAGAGGAGACGCGGAAGCCCUUCGAAUCUGCGGCUGAGCUCGUGAAGGAACGUCAUGGUGCUCUUUAUCCGACUUAUAAGUAUAAGCCCAAGCGCACGUACAAGCCUUGGAAACCCACAGAACGCAUGCAGCAGGAGUUUGAUCUACUGGGCUGGGCUGGGAAACCCAUACCGUAUAAGCAGCUCGGUCACACUAAUAUUUUGACCCACCAAUGA